CAGGCGGGGCAGCGGUUCCAAGGCUCCGGCGCGUGGGCCAGGUCUUCACUGCUUGCUGAGCACCGGAGCGGGAGCUAUCCGACAUCUCUCGAUCUUCUCGCCAUGGGCGACGUGGAUUCCUCUUCGGGCUCCAGCGGCUCCCUUCCCAAGUACCUAGAGCACCUCUCUGGGGAUGGCAAAGCCAUCGGUGUCCUGACCAGCGGCGGGGAUGCCCAAGGUAUGAACGCUGCUGUCCGUGCUGUGGUGCGCAUGGGAAUAUACGUGGGGGCCAAAGUGUACUUUAUAUAUGAGGGUUACCAAGGCAUGGUGGAUGGAGGCUCUAAUAUUGUGGAAGCUGACUGGGAGAGUGUCUCCAGCAUUCUACAAGUGGGUGGGACAAUCAUCGGCAGUGCCCGUUGCCAGGCCUUUCGCAGCCGGGAAGGGCGCCUGAAAGCUGCCUGUAACUUGGUGCGUUUGGGCAUCACCAACCUAUGCGUGAUCGGUGGGGACGGAAGUCUCACAGGAGCCAACCUCUUUCGGAAGGAGUGGAAUGGACUGCUGGAGGAGCUGGCUAAGAAUGGUGAGAUCGAUAAGGAUGCAGUGGAGAAGCACUCCUACCUCAAUGUGGUGGGCAUGGUGGGCUCCAUCGACAAUGACUUCUGCGGCACAGACAUGACCAUUGGUACAGAUUCAGCUCUGCACCGAAUCAUUGAAGUUGUUGAUGCCAUCAUGACCACUGCCCAGAGCCACCAGAGGACCUUCGUCCUGGAGGUGAUGGGGAGACACUGUGGUUACUUGGCCUUGGUGAGCGCCUUGGCUUGCGGUGCCGACUGGGUGUUCCUUCCGGAGUCUCCACCCGAGGAAGGCUGGGAGGAAAACAUGUGCCUGAAGCUCUCAGAGAACCGCGCCCAAAAAAAGAGGCUGAAUAUUAUCAUUGUGGCUGAAGGAGCAAUCGAUACCCAAAAUAAGCCAAUCAGCUCUGAGAAAAUCAAGGAGCUUGUGGUAAAGCAGCUAGGCUUUGACACCCGGGUGACCAUUCUUGGACACGUGCAACGAGGAGGGACCCCUUCUGCAUUUGACAGGAUUUUGGCCAGUCGCAUGGGCGUGGAAGCUGUCGUUGCCCUGAUGGAGGCUACUCCUCAGACCCCGGCCUGUGUGGUAUCCCUGAGAGGAAACCAUGCUGUGCGCCUGCCUCUGAUGGAGUGUGUGCAAAUGACCCAGGAUGUACAGAAAGCAAUGGAUGAGAGGAGAUUUAAGGAUGCCGUACAACUCCGAGGGAGGAGUUUUGAGGGAAACCUGAAGACCUACAAGCGUCUUGCCGUGAAGCUUCCCGAUGACAAGAUCCCCAAGAGCAAUUGCAAUGUGGCUGUCAUCAACGUAGGGGCACCCGCAGCUGGAAUGAAUGCAGCCGUGCGCUCCGCUGUUCGAGUCGGCAUUGCAGAUGGUCACAGGAUGUACGCAGUCUAUGAUGGCUUUGAUGGCUUCGCCAAAGGCCAAGUCAAAGAAAUCAAAUGGGGAGAUGUUGGAGGUUGGACUGGACAAGGAGGGUCCAUUCUUGGGACAAAACGCACCCUACCUGGAAAGCACUUGGAGAAAAUUGCCGAACAGAUGCGUUCCCACAGUAUCAAUGCGCUGCUCAUCAUUGGUGGAUUUGAGGCCUACCUGGGACUCCUAGAGCUGGCAGCUGCCCGGGAGAAACACGAGGAGUUCUGUGUCCCUAUGGUUAUGGUUCCUGCUACUGUCUCCAACAAUGUGCCGGGUUCCGAUUUCAGCAUCGGGGCAGACACGGCUCUGAACACUAUCACAGACACGUGUGACCGAAUCAAACAGUCGGCCAGUGGGACCAAGCGUCGGGUGUUCAUCAUUGAAACCAUGGGCGGAUACUGUGGCUACCUGGCCAACAUGGGGGGACUCGCAGCGGGAGCCGAUGCCGCCUACAUCUUUGAAGAGCCAUUUGACAUCAGAGAUUUACAGUCCAACGUGGAGCACUUGACAGAGAAAAUGAAGACCACCAUCCAGAGGGGCCUGGUACUCAGAAAUGAAAGCUGCAGUGUAAAUUACACCACUGACUUCAUUUACCAGCUCUACUCAGAGGAAGGCAAAGGGGUGUUUGACUGCAGGAAAAACGUGCUGGGCCACAUGCAGCAGGGGGGAGCACCUUCUCCAUUCGAUAGAAACUUUGGGACCAAAAUCUCUGCGAGAGCUAUGGAGUGGAUCACAGACAAACUGAAGGGGUCCCAGGGAACAGGGAAAAAAUUUGUUAGCGAUGACUCCAUUUGUGUCCUGGGAAUAAGCAAAAGAGACCUUCUGUUUCAACCAGUGGCGGAAUUGAGGAAAGAAACUGAUUUUGAGCACCGGAUCCCCAGGGAGCAGUGGUGGCUGAAACUGCGGCCUCUCAUGAAGAUCUUGGCCAAGUACAAGGCGAGCUAUGAUGUGUCGGAUGCAGGCAAGCUGGAGUCCUUGGGACACCACCAGGCCACCUCCCAGGGAGAACCGGCAGCCAUCUGAUCCAGCAUGCUAUCCCCUGACCUACACACUUGUCUAGGGAAGCCCGUAACGUUCCCCAGGGACCAUGCUUUUUGUAACAUAGUUAUUUAUCAGCACUUUAUGCAAGUAUUGUUGACCGGGUAUUGUCAGCAAUGAUAAUCAGAGAGCACCACUUGCCAUAACCACCAACCCGUCAGAGCCAGAGAAAGGAAACCCAGUCCCCCAUGUGCUUGAUCCAGUGUCUGUUUUCUACUGUACGGGGUACUGUCUUGUGCUUUACCAUGUGUGUCUUGUGGAAUUAAACAUUUGGCUACAA